AUGGUCACGGGAAUCCAUAACCAGCUGGCUUCCUGGGAGAGCCAGUUGCCUCAUAAACUGCGCCUGGAGACCUAUAGAGGGAAAGAUACAUCUCAACCGCUGCUGCUUCGGAUGCAAGCGUUGCUGCUCCAACUCAGUUACGAUAAUGUCCUAAUUUUCCUGCAUCGAAGCGCGGCCUUUGGAAUUUCCUCGAAGGGAUCUUCUGAAUAUCACUCGGCUCCUAUCUUAUCCGGAUCUGCCUUCUCUCAACAACAGCUUUUGAACUCUGCCCUCCGCACGUCAGAGCUGUACCAAUACCGAGCCCUUUUGCAAGCCUGUCGGAGAACCCAUGCUGCCAUGCAUAUUGGAAUAUGCUUAUUCACAGCCGGGGUAAUCCUCUGCACUUUUGCCCUUUCGCGGCCUCUAUCCUCGAGCGCGGAAAAGGCCAAAGCUGGUGUCGCGAAUAUUCUACGCCUUCACCAGAAUAGUGUUCUUGGCGAACACCUUCUCUCAACGCAGAGUGCAAAGGUUUUGACAGACCUUGUGGCUGCAGUUAUGCGAUCUGAGCAAAAGUUCAUUCUUGGGCAACAAGACAAAAACAACUCAACUUCAACCCAAAGUGCCACAGAAUACACCACCAUUUCCACUAUUGAAAAAUCGGUAACGCCAUAUACUCCAGCUCCCACUGAGGAUCAAAGUCCAACCCUACUGGUCUCCCAAGCAACAACGCCCAAUAACCACCAUGAUAGUUUCACACCCGAGACUGACCGAGCGCCCAUCGAGCUAUUUGAAGAACUACUUUCCGCGGAUUCAAUUGCAGAGCUCAUCUGGGAUGGCGAUAUGCCCACUUUCACUGACCCCAAUCUUCCUGAUACUAGUUCAUUUUGGCCAUAG